AUGGAGGACAUACCACCAUCCUACGACGAUAUCAAUGUCAAUGUUCUUGACUUGCUUCCGCCAUACUUAAGUACAGCUACACUGGUCAACCUAUGUCUGGUCUCAAAAACAUACUACGCUACUUUCAUACCUCACCUUUGGGGUAGUCCUGCCUCGCACUUUGUCCAGGUCGCCAAUGAAACUGCAAGAACGACCAAUGGCCUCAAUUUUGCAAACCUGCAGGUCACUGGCUCGCAUAACGAUCUAGUUUAUGUUGCUCUGACGCGUUUCAAGCGCAUCUUAAGAAGAGCCCGAGUGUCAACACGUAUGCUUUGCCAUACUCUACAUCUACCACCAGCGUUGUCAGAGAUCUAUGGUGGUCCCAACUCGACUUGGCUAAGAGAAGUCCUCGACUGGCUACCUGGUUUACAGAGCUUGUGUGUCUCCGGUUUGCCCUUCUUCGACCACGACAGCUUGGUUGCAGUCGAUCAAUCUCGCAACUCGGUGGUACCCCCCGGGUUGAAUGAUGAGGACUUUAGACAAUAUCCUGUCAAACUGCUACUCGCUGCAAAGGAACCAAAUGUCACAUGGGUCGGGCUGUCCUUACUAUUGCCACAUCUUCCAGGCCUUGUAUACCUGGAUCUUUCCUAUACCUCUCCUGCACGAAACAUAAACGUACUUCGAAGUCUGGAUGCUCUGACUCAUCUGCAAGUGCUCAAACUCAGGGGAGUAGGCUUGCGAGACAACGAGCUCGAGGUUCUUGCAAACGUACUUGGCUUGCGGGUACGUUUGCUAGAUAUCGCAGAUAAUCAGCUGUCUGAUAUGGCUGUGCGAAGUCUGCUCCAAGCUUGUGUUCGGCUACCCUCCACGAUCAGCACAAACGGUAGUAUGCCAAAUGAUCAGUACUCCAGAAGACACCUCGAGUCAUGGCCUGUAGGACUGCCACCUCCACCAGAUUCUCUGAGCUUGGACACGAUUCGCACUGUUGAGUUGGAUGAAGCACUUUUGAACCAGCUUACUAACCCUCUCACGGGUCGAUUAGCUUUCGAGGACAUUCCUCAUGGAGGUAUUACUCAUCUCUUCAUCAGUGGUAAUCCAGGCGUAACAAUUGAGAGCAUUCGUGGUAUCCUGGAUCUCGGCAGGCUACACGUGCUUGACGCUGGCGACAUUGCCGCCUUGACGCCAGUCGACCUUCAUGUUCUUGCAGCACGGCAGCAGUCUGGUGGCCCCCGUGAGACGCUUCGAGCAAAAUCUACGCACAGCAAAAACAUGAAGGGUGUGCUGAAUCGCCACAGGAGUCGGCCAUCAAGUAUGCAUGGCUCUGAGGCAGGUGCAUCUCUUCAAGAUUCAGACAACAUGGACGAUGACCUAUUGAAAAUGCCUGGUGCCGAAAAGCUUAUUCCAGUGCUGCAGGAUAAAGCGAGCAAAAACUUGACGCACCUACGAAUUGACCAUGCUGUAGUAACAGCAGCUAUCGAUCCCGUUCACGAGCUCAAGGGAAAAGACAAGGCGGUUGAACAUCGAGCAGAGCUUCCUGGUGAGCUGUCUCGAGCUGCGGAACUGGAUGCCGUUAAUCGAGAAGUGUUCGAGGUAGCAGGAUCUAGAAGCCAUGCCACUGAAAUGUCUUCUGAGACAGCCAUAUUUGAGAUGGAUGCGACUCCAUCCACUCCUCGGGUAGAAUUGCCAGGUGAUGUUAUACAUUUUGCUCUCAGUCCACCAGUUGGAGACGCACCAGAAACCGGUAUAGGUGAGGUAAUAUCACCUGUCCGGGGAGAGGGUGCGAUGGCACCCGAGGUGGUUGACGAGCCUGAUACAGCUCGAAAAGUUGAAGAUGACUCAGAAGAGGUAGUGCUCAACGCUACAGGAUCUGGCCUUCAAAGACGCACGACCUCUGCCACCAAUUCCACGAUGUCCACUAUGCAAAGUGACUCAUCACAACGACUACAGUCAGAAGAGACAGUAGUCGAGCGACCUGCGCCACUGACGAUCAGGAAGAAGCCAGAUACGCAGCUCACAGACGCAGAAACCAUUCGACGACGCUCGCAGUCCAUCAGUGUAUUGUACACCGAAAUGGACAAACUCACUAAGCUUCGACCUAAAAGGCCUGCCACAAAAUUGCAUCCGUCGUUCCUGCCUCAUCUGCGAACACUUGUACUUACCAACCUACCUUCACAAGUUCCAGCGUCAGAACCUACUGUGAUCGAAAGCUUGAAGGCAUACAUUGCAGCUUGUGCAGUAGAAGAACGCCUCGCAGCACUCAGAGCCCAUACGAACUAUUCGCUUCCUCCAGGCAGGGCUAGGCAAAAUGCCGAGCGUCAACAUAAACAGACACUAUUUGCUCUGCAAACAAUAGUACUUGAGAUCAAUCCGGUGGUAGAUGCGGGAAAUCAGCGAGGUUGGAAGCAUACUAGGCAACGACUAAACAUCUCUAAAAGCUCUACGGGUGAUGCUGACAGUGAGGCACUCUGGUCAGCAGCCGAUAACGACUUCUCUUUUUUCGGAGAGGAAGGCGAGGAGUCUGCAGAGUGUGGCGUAUAUGACCAAGAACCUGAUAAGUACUAUCCAACCACAAUACCGUUUGACGACAAGAUAGUCGUUACUCACAGUGACGAACCAAGUGCAUCUAAAAAUCACUAUGUUCCACAUAGUCCGAGGAUUGUAAGCCCACAAAUCACUCACUUUGGCUCGCCUGGAGGCAGGCAGGGUCAGUCGAAUCCUCUAGGACGAAACGACACUGUGUUCAGGAGCCCUCGAAACUUGCCACUCGGCCGCAAUCGACGCAUCAGUAACGACAUGCAUCAGGGAGCACACUCAGCAACCGCUUCAGAGACAAGAUUUCCACUACGCAGCACAUUGAGAACACCCCAUUUCGAGAUGCCAGGGACAAUUCCGCCUCAGCGACCCCUGCCACCCACCUCGAAUUCCGGCAGCAAUGUCGUGGCACGACCAUCCCAAGCGAUCAUGCUCGAUGUAGUGGGAGAACUAGCCAAGUGGCGACGGGAGCGAAAGGCAGUUUACGAUGCUGAAACGCAGAAGCAUAGACAACGUCGCUUGUCAUCUCCACAAUCGGUUGCCUCUGGUAAACUUGUUGAGACAAACAUCUACGUCGAGGGACAUUGGCCAGGAGAAAUUAAGGUGAUCAGGAAUCCUGCUAAGACUGCGUCGAAAGGAAAAAUGGAACGACAAGGAAAUGUUGACAUCUAUGGUAAUUACUUUGAGGGUGGCUAUCUAUACCCUUAA